AAUGUCCAUCCCACCUCCAGAUAUUCAAACCACAUCACCCUCAGAACUUUAGUCCUUCACCUUCCGGUCAUCACAAUACACAAGUGCGGAGACUCGCUAUAUCAUGAGUUCCCCCCUGAGACCCAACAUGUCUUCUGCAAAUCGCGGAGUGACGGGCGGUAGAAAUGCUCGCAAGCGUUCAAGAGAGCCUGAAAGCGAUGCCUCUGGUAUCGGUGCAUCGUCUCCCGCUGGAGACAUUCGAUCCUCUCCUCCUGCGUACCCAAUUCAACAUGGCGGUGACGAUGAUGAUGACAUUGAGGAGGAUGUAGCGCUUGAUAUCGAUGACGUGGACGAGAUGGCAGAAGACGAAGAUGGAAUUGACCUCUUUGCCAACAAUUUCGAGAACGACUACAAAUCGCGCGAAGACGAUCGUUACGAUGAUAGGGAUAUCGACGACGAAGGCGACUACGACGAUAUGGAUAUUGCAACCAGAAGACAGCUCGAUUCGCGCUUGAAUCGCCGAGAUCGCGAACUAGCUCGUCAGCGACGUAUGCCAGCAGCGUUCCUCCAGGAUGAAGAUGAUGAAGGUGAUCUGGAUCUCACUGCUCAGCCUCGGCGACGUCGCCAUCACUAUGACGAGGAGGAGGACGAGGAAAUGCAGGACGACAUCAUGGAAGAAGAGCUAUCUCUUGAGACACUGCAAGACGUAAAAGCAUCUAGUUUGGUCGAAUGGGUCUCUCAGCAAGCCGUCCAGAGAACCAUCAAACGAGAGUUUAAAGCCUUCUUGACAGAGUACACUGACGAGCACGGAGUUUCAGUGUACGGCAGUCGCAUUCGAACUUUAGGAGAAAUCAACGCAGAAUCCCUUGAAGUGUCGUACGACCAUCUCUCAUCAUCCAAGGCUAUUCUAGCUUACUUUUUGGCAAAUGCUCCCGGGGAGAUGCUGAAACUGUUCGAUGAGGUAGCCAUGGAAGUGACACUUCUUCAUUAUCCUGACUACGAGCGAAUUCAUUCUGAGAUCCACGUUCGAAUUUCAGACUUGCCAGUCCACUACACACUCCGCCAGCUUCGCCAGACUCAUUUGAAUUGCUUGGUUCGUGUCAGCGGUGUUGUUACUCGGCGAAGUGGAGUUUUCCCGCAGUUGAAAUAUGUUAUGUUCGACUGUGGCAAGUGCGGAACCAGACUCGGACCGUUCCAACAGGAAUCCAACGUUGAGGUCAAGAUCUCAUAUUGUCAGAACUGUCAAUCUCGCGGGCCUUUCAACCUCAACUCAGAAAAGACAGUUUACCGCAACUACCAAAAGCUGACUCUCCAAGAGUCCCCUGGAACUGUUCCUGCCGGCCGUCUGCCUCGUCACCGUGAGGUUAUUCUUCUCUGGGAUCUGAUUGACAAGGCAAAGCCUGGAGAGGAGAUUGAAGUUACUGGCGUUUACCGCAACAACUACGAUGCUCAACUCAACAACAAGAACGGCUUCCCUGUUUUUGCCACUAUUCUCGAGGCAAACAACGUUGUGAAGUCGCAUGAUCAGCUUGCAGGUUUCAGACUCACGGAGGAAGACGAGCAAGAAAUCAGAUCAUUGGCCCGCGAUCCCCAAAUAGUUGACAAGAUUAUCCAUUCCAUGGCUCCCAGUAUCUAUGGUCACACGGACAUCAAAACCGCUGUUGCACUCUCACUCUUCGGUGGUGUUGCCAAAGAUAGGCAAGGAAAGCAUCACAUUCGUGGUGAUAUUAACGUCCUCCUACUUGGUGAUCCUGGAACUGCGAAGUCACAGGUUCUCAAGUACGUCGAAAAGACUGCUCAUCGUGCUGUCUUUGCCACAGGUCAAGGUGCCAGUGCUGUCGGUUUGACAGCAAGUGUACGAAAGGAUCCUCUAACAAGCGAGUGGACAUUGGAAGGUGGUGCGUUAGUUCUCGCUGAUAGAGGUACCUGCCUUAUCGACGAGUUCGACAAGAUGAACGAUCAAGAUCGAACCUCGAUUCACGAAGCUAUGGAACAACAAACUAUUUCCAUUUCCAAGGCCGGUAUCGUCACUACUUUACAGGCACGUUGUGGUAUCAUCGCGGCAGCUAAUCCUAUUGGUGGGCGAUACAACUCUACGAUUCCAUUUUCCCAGAACGUCGAGCUUACAGAGCCCAUUCUCUCUCGAUUUGACAUUCUUUGCGUGGUUCGUGACACUGUCGAUCCUACUGAGGACGAGCGACUUGCCAGAUUCGUUGUUGGAUCCCAUGGCCGCUCUCACCCAAGCUCUCAGGCCUCAGAGAGUCAAAUGGAUGUUGAGCAAGACUCUGGAGCCGCAAACGGAGGCGAGCCAAAGCAAGAAGGUGAAAUCCCACAAGAGCUUCUCCGAAAGUUCAUUCUUUACGCCAGGGAGAGAUGCAGCCCUAAGCUGUACAAUAUCGAUGAAGAGAAGGUGUCGAAGCUGUUUGCCGAUAUGAGAAGAGAAUCCUUGGCAACUGGUGCCUAUCCAAUCACUAUCCGUCAUCUCGAAGCUAUCAUGAGAAUCAGUGAAGCGUUCUGCCGCAUGCGUCUCUCAGACUAUGUUUCCUCUCAGGAUGUUGAUCGCGCUAUUGCUGUCACGAUUGACUCUUUCGUUGGAAGCCAGAAGGUCAGCUGUAAGAAGGCUCUCGCUCGUGCAUUUGCCAAGUAUACACUUGCUCGACCUGGUGCAGGAAAAAAGACUGGUGCUGGAAGAAAUUUGGAGCGUGCUAGAGCGCCUACUGCUGCAAUGGCUUAGACGGUUCAUGUUGGUUUAUGGAGUUAUGGAUACCUGGAUUUUAUGUGGAUUAUGAGGAUUGCACCGAACACAGCUGCUAUGAAGUAAUGAGCGGAUCAGGUUUGGAGGAUGGAUUGUAAUUUACAGAUGUUUUGUGUUCCU